CUGACGAUCACGCUACGACUCACACUCGGUUUGAACAUUCUACUAGUAUACCAGCCCUUGGAUGGGAAACAGCAACUCGCGCUUCCAGCCAGGCCCAGCCCCGGGAUAUGCGCAAAACCUCCUUUACCAGCAGCCAGGCGAGUACGGCGCGCAGGACGGCGGGCUUUUCGGGCUCGGGCGGCGGAAGAGUGCGCGCGAUGGGUACGGGGGUUAUGCAGGGUACCCGCAGGCGACCAUGCCCCGCCCGAUUUAUAGCAAUGGGUACGUUGCGCAGUACCCGCAGGUGAUGGGUGCGUAUCCGCAGGCAAUUUAUCCACAGAUGCAAGCGCAGGCGAUGCAGGGAAUGCAGUACUAUGUGCCCCAGCAGCCGAUGGUGAUGCCUCAAAUGCAGCCACAGGUGGUGAUGCCGCAGAUGCAGGCGCAGAUGCAGCCCGGGAUGCAGAUGCCUCAACCCCAGGUCCAGAUGCAGCAGGCCCAGCAGCAGCAGCAGCAGCCCGUCGUUAUCCCCCAGAUGAUCCCCCAGCAGCAGACGCAGCAAAUGACUCAGCAGCAGCAACCAGGGGCCUUCCCUCAACCACACUACCCUAAUGGUUACACCGCCGCGCCCGAAAACUCAAACCCGAACCCUAAUGCCGACCGACAAAACUCGCCGAUGCCCACCCCUCUCCCUCCUGCCCCCGCCGACGCCUUCGGGCCGCCAGGGCCACGACCGCUUACUCCGAUCGCGAACCCGCUCCCGAGCCCGCCAAAGGACGUGUACGAGCUCGAGCCGUACAAGAGCAUGCUCUCGCGCGACCUGACGGGGACGUGGACGCCGCCGCCGCGCGCGCCCGGCCCCGAGUUCAGCGGGACGAGCGACGAGAGCGGGUCGGAGGGGCGCCCGCGGCGGAAGAAGAAGAAGAAGGGGUUCUUUGGGAGCUUGCGGAGGAAGGAGAAGGAUAAGCGGGGCGGGCUGUUUAGGGGCUGGACGGGGAGGGAGAGGGCGGACGAGGGGAUGCCGAGCGCAGGCGCAGGCGCAGCUCUCGCCGAACCCGAACGGGGCUCGUCGGGCACGCCGUCGCCCGCGCAGCCGAUCCGGUUCAAUAUCCACACGGAGCUGGCGGGGUUCCUGCCGCACUCGGAGCACCGCGUGCUGUUCAACGGGGCGCUGUACCCGAGCGCGUUCCACCUGUUUGAGGCGCUCAAGUUUCUGAAGAACGGAAGGGAGGACGUUGCGGAGAGGAUACGGACGUGCGAGAACCCGGCGGAGGUGCACCCGCUGUCGGAGAGCCUGAAGGAGUUUGCGAGACAGGGAUUUGAGCGGGAGCUGGUGGGAUAUAUGGAGGAGGCGCUGUAUGCAAAGUUCACGCAGCACCCCGAGCUGAGGGAGUUGCUGCUGAGCACAGGCGUGGCGGACCUGAUCUACGCGGAGGCGAGCGACCCGGUGUGGGGGGAGGGCCCGCUGGGGCAGGGGAUGAACCAUCUGGGAAGGGCGCUAAUGGCGCUGCGGGAGCGGCUGAGGCAGGAGAUGGGGGCGGCGUCUGCGGUGGCGCGUCCAACUUGGCGUCCCACCUUCAUCAUGGCCGAGUCCUCCAGCUUGCCUUUCGUACCGCGCAAAGUUGCAAGGGCGGCACGGACUACGAAAGAGCCUGCACGGGCUAGCGGAUCGACUAAUACGACUGUUGGUACAAAUACAAACUCGGGCACCCCCAAUGCAACAAAGCCCAAGGACUCGGACGUCGAUCACGACUCCGCGAAUGCCAAAGGGAAGCAAAAGGCGCUCGCGGACGAGGACUGCGCGACGCUCGUCGAGCUCGCCCUGUCCGACUACGCGCUCUGGGCGGACCCGGACCUGCGCAUGGCGGUGGAGACGAGUGAGGAAGGAUUCGUCCCGCUAAGCACCCUCCUGCCCGCCUCGACCCGCGCUGCGUGCCUGGGCCAAGUCCCCGGCGAAGCCGCGCUCGCGAAAGCGGUGCGGCAGCUGGCGGGGGAGCGGCUGGAGGUGCGCAUGGUCGUGCGCGAGCCCGUCAGGGGCGCGUGGUACGGCCGGCGCGUGUCGGGCGGGGGCGCGGGCGCGGGCGGGGGAUACGAAGUGCGCAGGCGCGACUGGGCGGCGCUGAAGGGCAGGCAGGGGCCGACGAAAGAGGGGUGGGACGCAUGCGCCGUGUACGUGGAGAACAUCCCGGCGGGGCACCGCGUGCUCCCCGCCACCGCCCGCUUCGUCUCUGCGCUGCUCGCGGCGAACGCGGGGGCGGUGCAGCACGUCGCCCUGCCCGAUGCGACCCGCAGUGCGGGCGCGGGCGCGAAUGCGAAGGGGCGGGGCUUCGCGCUCGUCACGCUCUCCUCCGCGGAGCUCGCGCAGGCGCUCGUGCGGGCAUGGCCGUGGGCGGCAGGCGGGGAGGGACGAGAGACGCGGGGAGCAGAGCAGAAGGACGCGCGCCGGCACGGGCUGCGGUGCCUCCCGAAGAAGAGGUGGGAGGCGCUGCACGAGGAGUACGCGGCGUACCGGGCGCGGCUGCUCGCGCGCGCGGGGCCUCCUCUGGGAGGAGAGGAUCGGCGUUAUGACACUGAUCAGGAGCGGGAGAGGUCUGUGCCUCCUUCGAAGGCAGCCCCCGUGAGACCUCCGUCUCCCCAGCCCGCGUGCGACUUCCCCGAAGGGUGCCUCGUCUUCGUGCGCGGCGUUGACCCAGGGACGAACAAGACCGCGUUGCGCGCGCUGUUCGCUGCUGCCGUGGGCGAGGAUGGGAUCGACUACGUGGAUUUCCAGAAGGGGAUGGAUAUGUGCUACCUCCGCCUAAAGACGCCUGCGCAUGCAGCCGCGUUGGUGGACCGCUUUUCAGAAGGAGGGGAGGGGGUGAAGGCGGAGAUGGUGGAGGGUACGAGGGAGGCGGUGUAUUGGGGGCAAGUGCCGGAGAAGGUGAGGAGGGAAGCGGUGGCUAGGGCUGCUGGGGUGACAGAUGAGGGGCAAGAGCAGGAGGGUGAGGGGAGGAAGAGGAAGAGGAGGAGGAAGUAAGCGGGUGGUAUCACUUUACCUUCAUGUUCUACCUAUCAGCAUGUCGGUCCAUCCCGAAUCAUUCUCGACGAAUCAGUGCACGCAGGACUGCACUGGAUAUCCUUACUUGGCCAUGUUGUCUACUGACACCACACGAAAAAAU